AUGAGUGACAAUCAAUCGAUGAAUCUGAGGAGUAAUCUAUUUAUGAUUGGAAAAAGGAUGAGUUCUCUCAAUAAAAAAAAAUUACCAACGAAUAAACAGGUUUUGCAACUCUUAUAUCAUCACUCAAGAAAUCUCAAAAAAUCAAUCGAUGACAGCGUUGUAAGUGUUAUAAGUGAAGUUAGAGAGAUUUGGAAUAUAGCGGAGAUUCCAACGCAAAUUAUUUCACGUUGUAAAUUAAAAUUGAAAACUCUCCAUAAAGAGUACAGGAAUGCUCAAAAACACGUCCACCGACCUAAAGAAACCAAAGAGAAAAAUUUUUCCAGUACACUCAACCAAUUAUUUGAUAUAGCUCAUGGUAACGUUUUUGAAUUAAUUGGUGAGGAAAAGAAACAAUUUUUGAUUGAUCAACGAUCUCAACGGAUUUUUCAUCUUACAGCCGCAAAAAUUAAUGAAACAACAAAUGAAAUUGCUGAGGUUCUUUUAUCACCUGAAAAUAACAAUCAAGUUGGUGAUGAAAACAAAGUUGUAACUCAAGCUGACACUUUUACGACAGAUCCUAUUUCAAAAAGUGGAAAUGAUCAGACAUCUGAUAUCGAUGCACUGUGCUCGUCAGGAACUCCGGAUUUCAUGAAAUCCAGUGGCGAAACUGUGAGCAACUCACAGUCAACAUUAGUGUCAGAGUUUGAGGGAACUGGAAGAUAUUACAAGCCAAAAAAUAUCCGAGGAACUACCAGUAUUUUUACUGAUGAUGUUGUUGCUGCCUUUGACAGCUGUAAAAUUUCUUAUCGAGGAUCGGUUCGACUUGUUUCAGCUUUGGCACCAGCUCUAGGAUUGAAUCCUCAUGUUCUUAUCUUGAAUAAAAGUUCUUAUCAUGGGUUACGGUCAAAAAUUAGAAAAAAAAUGGCUGAAAAUAUUAAAAUUUUGUUUGGUGAAAGUGUAGUUGAUAGUGGAGUGAUUCAUUGGGAUGGAAAAUUGAUUCCUGAUAGUAUGACUUCAGAGCGCAUUGAACGACUUCCUAUUAUAAUUAGUUUUAAUGGGCAGGAAAAAUUGCUCGGAGUGCCUGCAUUGUCAGAUGGACAUGGUUUUACACAAGCUGAGGAAAUAUAUAACACGAUUUGCGAGUGGGGAUUGAAUAAGGCUGUCAAAGCACUCUGCUGCGAUACCACGAAUUCGAAUUUCGGCUUCAGAAAAGGAGCUGCUGUGAUUCUUGAAAGUAAAAUGGAGACUGACUUAUUAUACCUUCCUUGUAGGCAUCAUAUCUAUGAAUUGGUGUUAUCUAGUGUUUACUCCACAAAAAUGCCAGGUACAACCGGACCUAAUGUAGCACUGUUUAAGAAUUUUCAAAGCCAGUGGAAUUCUAUUGACAAAACAGAUUAUAAACCUCUACAAAAAAACGGAAUAAAAAAAAUGUUAAAAGAUAAAAUACCGGAAACAAGUUCGAAAAUCGAUGAAUUGCUUAAAACUAGUUCACCUCGUGAUGACUACAAAGAACUACUAGAAUUAAGCAAAAUAUUUUUAGGCACUAUGGAAGUUGAGAAAACGAAAUUUUACAAACCGGGGGCUUUUCAUCAUGCUCGAUGGAUGGCGAAAGCCAUUUACAGUUUAAAAAUAUACAUCUUUCGGAACAGUAUUAAAUUAAGCGCUGAAGAUGAAAAAAGUUUGUACGAGAUUUCAUUAUUUAUUGUUUUUAUUUACGUACCUUAUUGGUACUCUGCUCCUUUAGCUGCAGCUGCACCAGAUCAAGAUAUUAAAUUUAUAAAAUCUGUUUACAAUUAUAGAAUGAUAGAUAAAGAUUUGUCUAAUGCCAUUCUUCAAAAAUUUCGAAACCAUUUAUGGUACUUGAGUCCUGAAGCAGCGGCCUUAUCAUUUUUCGAUAAAAAUAUAUCUCUCAGCGUCAAGAAAAAAAUGGUUAAGGCUUUAAAAGUCAGUAAAGGCGAACAGUUUGAGAUUCCUAAACGUUUCAUCUUUAAUGUGGAAGAUUUUAAAUGGUUCACAAAUAAAACUAUUGAUUAUUUUAUAAAUUCAAAUUCUUUAAAAUUUUUCGAAAGAUUUAAUAUUGAUACUAGAUUUUUGCAAUUAAGUUGUACUGAGUGGUUAGAGGAUCCAGAAUAUGUGAGAGGCUUGGAAAUUGUAAAAAAAUUGCGAGUUGUUAAUGAUUCAGCAGAGAGGGCUGUAAAAUUAGCCGAAGAAUAUGUUAAUAUUUUAGCAAGAAGUGAAGAAGAAAAACAAUAUGUAAUUCAAGUUGUAUACGAGUAUAAAAAAAAGUAUUCAAAUGUAACUAAGGAAUGUUUAAUAAAGGAAAUCUGA